AUGAAAUCUAUAAUAAUAAUAAUCUACUAUUUUAUAACUCAAGUUUUUGCAAGUGAGUUUUGCCAUGUCAUAACCAAGGCCGAUUGUCAAAAAUCAAUAUUUUAGAGAAAAAUUGCAGUGGUAAUGGAUAUAGUCAAUUUAAUAAGCGAGCUCAUUUAGAUGAAUGUAUUUGUGAUUUAUUGCAUACUGGACAGAAUUGUGAAAUGGGUGAGCAAGAUUUUUUGAGACAAGCAAAAAUUUGAUAAAAACUUGGUUUUUGGUGAAAAUGUGAAGUUUUUCUUAUAAUCAAUUUUUGUAUCAUAGAAUUAGAAAAAAACUAAAAUUUUGAAACAGCAGAUUCUUUAAAAUAGUUCUACAUCAAAUUUCAACUCAAUUUCCCAAAUUAUAUUAAAAUUUUUUGAAACAGUGGAUUUUUUUAGUGAAAUUUUUUGAGGUGUUUUUUUGAAUUUUUUUCCACGUGGAACAUGUGUAACCUAAAAUUAUCGACUGAUUUUUUUUUUUGAAAUUUUGCCAAGUGGAAUUCUUUGCGCCAAAAAUCCUCAAAAUUUAAACUAAAAAAAAUUUAGGCCUGAAAAUUUGCCACAUGGAUUUCUGUUCAAAAUUAUCCAUUUUUCAAAAAAUUUUGCCACGUGAAAAAACCUUCUCAUUAUCAAUUUCCAGCGAUUCCACUAGCUCCAAUAAUCUUGCAUCUAACAUCGGGUUCAUUCGCCUUCCUCUCAAUAAUCCUCGCAUAUUAUUUCUGUUUCAAAAAGCGCGCGUCCUCAAAAAAAUUGGUGAUUUAUGAUGAAAAUAUGGCAUUUUCUCGAUUUUUAUUUGAAAAUAAACGAGUCGGAAAAGUGGAUCAUGUGGAAUUCGCGAAUCAAACAAUUAAAAUUGAAAAGGAGAAAAUGGCGACGGAAUAUAAUGAAAAUGGAGAUAAAAUUGGAGGAGCUGCUGUUCAUGAUGAUGAUUUGGGAUCGACUAUUAAUACUGUAGUGUCGACCAAACAGGAUACCACUAAAUUUUAA